AUGGCCAACCAGGUUAAGAUUUCACAAUUACUUCCAUAUUUGAAGGGUAGCGUUCGAGGCCAAAUCACUAAAAUAAGAUAUUCAAGAAGCGACAAAAGGAUGGAACCAACUUCUAUAUUUAUACCACGACAAGAAUCAAAGGAUCUUACAAAAAAGCCGUUCCUCAAUUAUAACUUCGGGGUAACUUCAAAAUCAUAUUAUGAUUCACAAAAACUCGUCGCCUCAGCUUUAUUCAAUAGAAUCAGAAAAAUAGACAUUAAUACAUGUCAAGAAAAGGAUAUUGCACCGUUUUAUGUUUGUGACCUAGGAGAAUUGAAAAGAUUGGCAGUGAAAUUGAGAAAAUGCCUACCAAGGAUUCAUCCGUUUUAUGCUGUGAAAUGUAACAAUGACUCUAGAUUACUUCGAGCAAUUGCAGAUCUCGGAUUUGGCUUUGAUUGUGCAUCUAAAGAAGAAAUCGAUCAAAUCAUUUCCAAAAAUAUCAGUCCAUCAAGAAUUAUAUAUGCCAAUCCUUGCAAAAGCAUUCCUCAUUUGAGACAUGCUAAAGAUGUUAGAGUUGCUCUUACCACGGUUGAUAAUCUCGAUGAGCUUGUUAAGAUCAACAAAUUUCACCCUUCAUGCGGUAUAUUGAUAAGAAUUCUUACAGAUGAUUCUAGCUCAACAUGCCCACUUUCGGUGAAGUUUGGGGCCUCACUUAAGUAUGCCAAAGAAAUGAUUGAUGCUUGCAAAAGUCUGGAUCUUGACCUUAAAGGAAUAGCAUUUCACGUUGGAUCGGGCUGCAACAACUUUAACACUUUUGCUAAAGCAGUACAAGAUUCAAGAGAAUUGUUCAAUUAUGCUGAAAGGCAGGGCUUUAAAAUGAAUAUUCUAGAUGUCGGUGGUGGAUUUGCUAAAUUCUCUUUAGAGCAGUCUUCCAUUAUUCUUCGUAACGCAUUAGAUUCAUUCUUUCCGGAGGCUGAAAAUCCAGAACUAAUUAUAAUUUCUGAAAUGGGAAGAUACUUUUCAUCAUCAUGUUUUACGUUAGCCGCAAACAUCAUUUCUAAAAGAUCAGAUCCCCAGAAAGAAAGACUAUACUUAAAUGAUGGUGUGUACGGAAAUUUAAAUUGCAUCCUGUAUGACCAUCAAUUGGUACAACCAAAAGUGCUAACAUCUGGCGGCCAGUUCAAGUAUUUUGAUAAUCUGGGUACAAAAGAAAAUCACGUUAAUUCACAGAAGACAUAUUCUAUUUGGGGUCCAACGUGCGAUGGAUUGGACUGCAUUAUUUCACGGAUUAAACUUCCUUAUGAGGUUGAAAUUGGGGACUGGCUUUACUUUGAAAAUGCGGGUGCCUAUACAUCAGUAGCAGCAACCUCAUUUAAUGGCUUUAAAAGCAACUUCACAUGCAUCUAUGUGAAUAGUGAAUACUGA